ACGGCCAUUAGAGAAGCUCUAGAGAGGGAGGAGCCGGUGAGGGAGAGAGAGACAGAGAACGAGGAGAAGGGUUCUGUCAAGUAGUUUCUUGUCCUCUUUCUCUCUCUUGCUUUGUUUUCGGCUAGAGGAAGAGAAGUUGGUGUCUGUCUCCUCGCCUUCUAGAUAGAGAGAGAGGGAGAGGGGGGGGGGGGGGUGCCUGUUCUCGCCUUGGGAUUACUCUGGUUUUAGAGAGAGAAAGAGAUUUAGAGUAGAGAACCAUGUUUAUCGAGAGCUUUCGUGUGGAGAGCCCCAACGUGAGGUACACGGAGGAGGGGAUCGAGUCUACCUACAACUACGCGACCACCGAGCUCCUGCAUGAGAACAGGGAUGGCAAGUACGAGUGGGUGGUCAGGCCUAAGUCUGUUACAUAUGAGUUCAAGACCAGCACCCGUGUGCCCAAGCUCGGGGUGAUGCUUGUGGGUUGGGGUGGGAACAACGGUUCUACCCUUACAGCCGGUGUCAUAGCUAACAGAGAGGGGAUUUCUUGGGCUACCAAGGACAAGAUACAGAGGGCAAACUACUUUGGAUCCCUCACGCAAGCGUCAAGCAUAAGGGUGGGUUCAUACAAUGGUGAAGAGAUCUAUGCGCCCUUUAAGAGUCUUCUCCCUAUGGUCAAUCCUGAUGAGAUUGUCUUUGGAGGAUGGGACAUAAGCAACAUGAACCUGGCAGAUGCCAUGGCCAGGGCGAAGGUCCUGGACAUUGAUCUCCAGAAGCAGCUGAGGCCAUACAUGGAGUCCAUGAUCCCUCUGCCUGGGAUCUACGAUCCUGAUUUCAUUGCUGCCAACCAGGGUUCUCGUGCAAACAAUGUGAUCAAGGGGACCAAGAAGGAACAAGUUGAGCAGGUCAUUAAGGACAUCAGGGAGUUCAAGGAGAAGACAAAGGUAGAUAAAGUGGUGGUUCUGUGGACAGCAAACACAGAGAGGUACAGUGAUGUCAUAGUGGGACUGAAUGAUACCAUGGAGAACCUUUUUUCUUCUCUUGAGAAGAACGAGCAUGAAAUCUCCCCCUCCACUUUGUAUGCCAUUGCAUGUGCUCUAGAAAAUAUUCCUUUCAUCAAUGGGAGCCCUCAAAACACUUUUGUACCAGGGCUGAUUGAUUUGGCUGUCAAGAGGAACAGUUUAAUUGGUGGUGAUGAUUUUAAGAGUGGGCAAACGAAGAUGAAGUCUGUGUUAGUUGACUUCCUUGUAGGCGCUGGUAUUAAGCCAACAUCAAUCGUGAGUUACAACCACUUGGGAAACAACGACGGCAUGAAUCUCUCAGCGCCACAGACCUUCCGGUCCAAGGAGAUUUCCAAGAGCAAUGUGGUGGACGACAUGGUCUCGAGCAAUGGCAUCCUGUAUGAGCCAGGGGAGCACCCUGAUCAUGUCAUUGUGAUCAAGUAUGUUCCCUAUGUAGGAGACAGCAAGCGAGCCAUGGACGAGUACACCUCUGAGAUAUUCAUGGGAGGGAAGAGCACAAUUGUAUUGCACAAUACCUGUGAGGACUCUCUGUUGGCUGCACCCAUCAUCUUGGAUCUGGUUUUGUUGGCUGAGCUGAGCACUAGGAUCCAGCUCAAAGCAGAAGGAGAGGGGAAAUUUCAUUCCUUCCAUCCAGUAGCCACCAUCCUGAGCUACCUGACCAAAGCACCUCUGGUUCCUCCAGGCACACCUGUGGUGAAUGCACUGUCCAAGCAGAGGGCCAUGCUGGAGAACAUCCUGAGGGCUUGCAUUGGCCUUGCUCCGGAGAACAACAUGAUUUUGGAGUACAAGUGAAAGACUUGAAGUGCCCCGUUGUCCUCCCUCUCGGUUGGAACAUGGUCCCUCUUUUCUUUUUUUUCUUUCCUAGUCUUUUGUUGUCAAAAAAAAGAAGGAUGCCCUUACAAACUGGAAUUUGAUUUGUAAUUAUGAUUUCUCUCUUAGUGAAGCAUUCUCUUUCUUA